CUUCACUACCAGCGAAGCUGCACGGAGGAAGCGAGGUGCCUGAAGGAGCAACGAAAUAAGCCUGGAAUUUAUCUCGCACGUUAAAAAACGACAGAAGAGUCCUCCGCCUGUCAUCCCAUGCUCCUCUAGUGUAUUCCCUCACUGAGUGCUGGAGAUAUAAUGAAAACUAAAUGAUGAGGAGUUUGUGGCUGGACGGCAGCUGACGGACUGAACCAUGGCUCAGUUUCCCACGCCCUUCGGAGGGGGGUCGGAUACAUGGGUAAUAUCUGUGGACGAGAGAGCCAAACAUGACCAGCAGUUUCACAGUUUGACCCCCACACCUGCUGGCUUCAUCACAGGUGACCAGGCAAGGAAUUUCUUUCUGCAGUCGGGUUUACCUGCCCCCAUCCUCGCCCAGAUAUGGGCUCUUGCCGACAUGAACAACGAUGGGAAGAUGGACAUGCAUGAAUUUUCCAUCGCAAUGAAGCUGAUUAAAUUGAAGCUGCAGGGUCACCCCCUUCCUCCUUCACUGCCCCCCUCCAUGAAGCAGCCACCCCUCUCCAUACCCCCACAACCGCCUUUUGGGAUGCCCAGUAUGGGGGCAAUGCCGGGCCUGCCAGCAGUGCCGCCCAUGCCCCUGCCACCUCUGCCUCCAGGAGUGCCGGGAGUAGGUGUGUCUCCACCACUGGUAGCAUCAGUGACCCCAGCUGUACCAUCUCUUGCUAACGGAGCACCCGCUAUGAUACAACCCAUGAGUGGAUUCUCACAUCCAGCUGCUGCACUCAACAAAACCUCUUCGUUCAAUCGUUCCAGCAUCAAGCUACAGAAGGGCCAGUCUGUAGAGGUGCCCAGUGCUCCGGCUGCUCCUCCGCCCACUGACUGGGCCGUGCCUCAGUCCUCUCGGCUCAAGUACCGCCAACUCUUCAACAGCCAUGACAAAAUGAUGAGUGGCUAUCUCACAGGUCCACAAGCCAGAACUAUUCUAAUGCAGUCCAGUCUACCGCAGACCCAGCUGGCCACCAUCUGGAACCUGUCAGAUAUAGACCAGGACGGAAAGUUGACAGCAGAAGAGUUUAUUCUGGCCAUGCACUUAAUUGACAUGGCCAUGUCUGGUCUGCCUCUUCCCCCUUUACUGCCCCCUGACCUCAUACCUCCGACAUUCAGGAGAAUGCGUUCUGGUAGUGGAGUGUCUGUCACCAGUAUGCACUCGACAGACUUGCGGUCUCAGGAUGAGCCUGAGGAGGAGGAAAAAGAGCCUGAGAAGAAACUUCCAGUCACAUUCGAAGAUAAGAAACGGGAGAACUUUGAGCGUGGAAACCUGGAGCUGGAGAAACGUCGACAGGCGCUGCUGGAGCAGCAGAGGAAAGAGCAGGAGCGCCUUGCGGCCCUGGAGAAAGAGGAGCAAGAGAGGAAGGAGAGAGAACGACUAGAGCAGGAGAGACGCAGACAGCAGGAGCUGGACAAACAACUGGAGCGACAGAGAGAGCUGGAGCGACAGAGGGAGGAGGAGAGACGCAAGGAGAUCGAGAGAAGAGAGGCUGCCAAGCGGGAGCUGGAGCGUCAGCGGCAGUUAGAGUGGGAGAGGACGCGCAGACAGGAACUGCUCACCCAGAGAAACAGAGAGCAGGAGAACAUCGUCCUGCUCAAAGCACGCAAGAAAACACUCGAGUUUGAAUUGGAAGCUCUGAAUGAUAAGAAGUCACAGUUGGAAGGUAAACUGCAGGACAUUCGUUUCCGUCUCUCGGCGCAGAGGCACGAGAUCGAGAGCACCAAUAAGACGCGAGAGCUACGCAUCGCUGAGAUCACCAGCCUGCAACAGCAGCUGCAGGAGUCUCAGCAGUGGUUGAGUCGGUUGAUUCCUGAUAAACAGUGUCUGAAUGACCAGCUGAAGCAGGUUCAGCAAAACAGUCUGCACAGAGACUCUCUGUCCAGUCUUCAGAGGGCCAUUGAAAUGAAGGAAUCCACCAAACAGCAGCUGAGAGAACAGCUGGACGCUGUGGAGAAAGAGACACGCUCCAAACUUUUGGAGAUAGACGCCUUCAACACACAGCUGAAGGAGCUGAGAGAAAUCCACAACAAACAACAGAGGCAGAAACAAAAGGAGCUGGAGGCUGAUAUCACCCAGCCAUCGCAUGACAGGAAGUCAACGGAAUUACAGGAGCCUAGAUUGUCAGGGACAGAAGAUGGCGUGUCUCCCGCAUGGCGAGAUGAUGGGCUGGGUAAAGCUCCCACUCCUCCUGCGUCCCAGGCUUGGAUAAGCCAAGUGAGUGAAGAUGAGAACCACAGCAGAGCGGAUGUACAAGAUAACCUCUCCAAACUCUUCACACAACAUCCGCAAUCGGGAAAACUACAGACUCAGUCACCCUGGUCUAUGGCAGAUAAGAUUCCAGUGACUGGUUUUAACCAAGAGAAGGUAAAGGUGGUCUACUAUAGAGCGCUGUAUCCCUUUGAGGCCCGCAGUCAUGAUGAGAUCACCAUCCAUCCUGGAGACAUAGUGAUGGUGAAGGGAGAGUGGGUGGAUGAAUCUCAGACAGGUGAACCGGGAUGGUUAGGAGGAGAGAUUAAAGGGAAGACUGGCUGGUUCCCUGCUAAUUAUGCAGAGAAGAUUCCAGAAUCUGAAGUUCCUCUUAGUUUGAGGGCCAGCGCUGCUUCUAGUUCCGCCCCAAAAUUGGGUUCCCAUAUAUCAUCUACUUCUUCAUCGACCACAGCCACACCCAUGCAGCCAGUUUCCACGGAGUCUGCAUCGAUAGCCCCACCCUCCGCAGCCCCUGCCCCUGCUCCUCCGGGCCCCGCCUCCUCCACUUCCUCAACAUCUAGUAACUGGGCAGAUUUCAGCACUACAUGGCCAACUAAUUCUGCUGUGGAGAAGCAAGACAGUGAUGGAUGGGAUGCAUGGCCGACCCAACCCACUCAGCCGUCCCUGUCAGUGCCCAGUGGGGGGCAGAUCAGACAGCGCUCUGCUUUCACCCCGGCCACGCUCUCUGGCUCUUCACCCUCACCUGUGCUGGGCCAGGGUGAAAAGGUGGAAGGUCUGCAGGCGCAGGCUUUAUAUCCAUGGAGAGCCAAGAAAGACAAUCACCUGAACUUUAACAAGAAUGAUGUGAUCACCGUACUGGAGCAGCAGGAUAUGUGGUGGUUUGGGGAGGUGCAAGGGCAGAGAGGAUGGUUCCCCAAAUCUUACGUCAAACUCAUCUCUGGGCCCGUCAGGAAAUCUAUGAGUAUUGAAUCCGGCUCUUCGGACAGCCCUCCCAGUGUUAAGAGACCCAGCCCAUCUCCAAACAAACCCACCGAUCUCGGAGAAGAGUAUGUGGCCAUGUAUACAUAUGAAAGCAGUGAGCAGGGCGACUUGACCUUUCAGCAAGGUGAUGUCAUCACGGUCACAAAGAAAGAAGGCGAUUGGUGGACGGGCACUGUGGGCGGGAAGACUGGAGUCUUCCCGUCCAAUUAUGUCAAACCUAAAGAAUCUGAGGGUUUGGGAUCUGCUGGAAAAACAGGAAGUUUAGGGAAGAAACCAGAGAUUGCUCAGGUGAUCGCUCCUUACACGGCCACAGGAGCAGAGCAGCUCACCUUAGCACCGGGCCAGCUCAUUCUCAUUCGCAAGAAAAACCCAGGAGGAUGGUGGGAAGGAGAACUUCAGGCAAGAGGGAAGAAGCGUCAGAUUGGCUGGUUUCCAGCUAAUUAUGUAAAAUUAUUGAGCCCCAGCACCAGUAAGACCACACCCACAGAACCCAACCCACCCAAGCUGCCAACACCCAAUGCAGUGUGCCAGGUGAUUGGCAUGUAUGAUUACACGGCUCAGAACGAUGACGAGCUGCCUUUUGGGAAGGGCCAAAUCAUCAAUGUUCUGAGCAGAGAAGAUCCUGAUUGGUGGAAAGGAGAGCUGAACGGUUCCGUCGGCCUUUUCCCAUCGAACUACGUCAAGCUGACCACCGACACAGACCCCAGCCAACAAUGGUGUGCUGACCUUCACCUGCUUGACAUGCUGACCCCAGUGGAACGGAAGAGGCAGGGUUACAUUCAUGAACUUAUUGUUACAGAGGAGAACUAUGUCAAUGACCUGCAGCUAGUCACUGAGACGUUCCAGAAGCCUCUGCUGGAGUCGGAGUUGUUGACUGAGAAGGAGGUGGCCAUGAUCUUUGUCAACUGGAAAGAGCUGAUCAUGUGCAACAUUAAACUGCUCAAGGCGUUGCGGGUGAGGAAGAAGAUGUCAGGUGAGCGCAUGCCGGUGAAGAUGAUUGGUGACAUCCUGACAGCUCAGCUUCCUCACAUGCAGCCGUACAUCCGCUUCUGCAGCUGCCAGCUCAACGGCGCCACCCUCAUUCAGCAGAAAACAGACGAGGUGCCUGAAUUCAAAGAGUUUGUUAAGAGGCUGGCAAUGGACCCUCGCUGUAAGGGAAUGCCCCUGUCCAGUUUCCUCCUCAAACCCAUGCAAAGAGUCACCCGAUACCCCCUCAUCAUCAAAAACAUUUUAGAGAACACUCCAGAAAGCCAUCCAGACCACAGUCACCUGCGUCUGGCUCUGGAGAAGGCUGAAGAGCUGUGCUCGCAAGUCAACGAAGGCGUGCGAGAGAAAGAAAACUCAGACCGGCUGGAGUGGAUCCAGGCACAUGUGCAGUGUGAGGGGCUGUCAGAGCAACUUGUGUUCAACUCGGUUACAAACUGUCUGGGCCCUCGGAAGUUCCUGCACAGUGGAAAACUCUACAAAGCCAAAAGCAACAAGGAGCUUUACGGCUUCCUGUUUAACGAUUUCCUGCUCCUCACGCAGAUCAUCAAACCUCUGGGCUCGUCUGGAACAGACAAGGUCUUCAGUGCAAAAUCCCACCUGCAGUAUCGCAUGUACAAAACGCCAAUCUUUCUCAAUGAGGUGCUGGUGAAGCUGCCCACUGAUCCUUCAGGAGAUGAACCCAUAUUCCACAUAUCUCACAUUGAUAGAGUCUACACUAUACGGGCUGAGAGCAUCAACGAGCGGACGGCUUGGGUGCAGAAGAUCAAAGCUGCUUCUGAGCUCUUCAUUGAAACGGAGAAGAAGAAGAGAGAGAAAGCCUACUUGGUGAGGUCUCAGAGGGCCACUGGUAUUGGCCGGCUAAUGGUGAACAUUGUUGAAGGCAUUGAGCUCAAGCCCUGCCGCUCAAAUGGGAAGAGCAACCCGUACUGUGAGGUGACGAUGGGCUCUCAGUGUCACGUCACAAAGACGCUGCAGGACACUCUGAACCCUAAAUGGAACUCAAACUGCCAGUUCUUCAUCAAAGACCUGGAGCAGGAUGUGCUGUGUGUCACUGUGUUUGAGAGGGAUCAGUUCUCCCCGGACGAUUUCUUGGGCAGGACAGAGAUUCGGCUGGCCGACAUCAAGAAGGACCAGGGCUCCAAGGGGCCCAUCACCAAGCGUCUGCUUUUACACGAAGUCCCUACGGGGGAGAUUGUGGUGCGACUGGACCUUCAGCUCUUUGACGAACCCUGACCCACGUUGUUUGACCUGACCUUUUGACCCCUCCCCAGAUUCCAUAUCCGCUACUCCUCCGUGGUGAAAGCCCACCAGCCUAAUGUGACAGUCCCACUCCACCCAGCAUCAUCAAUCCCAGAGUGUGAAUGUGUGUAUUUGCACAAACGUUUGUAAGUCUGCAAAAUGCUGUAACAGUCUUAAUCAGUGAUCCCAGUCGGAUUUUUUAAUGUCCUUGACACCUUUCAAGACAAGUCAAGUAUGUGAGUGAAAAUGAAGGAUGUACUGUAGACGAGAAACUUUAAGUUCUCUAACGAUGUGAAGGAUGUCUCAGGAUGCUGUAUGUCUUAUAGAAUCAAACAGACAGUAGUUGUAUAAACAACUGCUCCAUGACCCGGAAACAGUAGUGCCAUUUGAAACAUUACACAGAAUCAUUCUAGAAUGAUGACACGUUCCAAAUAAUGUGCCAUUCCAGUCAAAUCCGUCAUUAUGGGUGAAUCUCAUGAAACCUUAUUUGCAUAAUUCCAAAAAAUAUAUAUAAUUCUGUGAAGAAAAUACUGAUAUAUUAUUUAAAUGACAUAUUUAUACCUCAUGGUAAUAUUUGUUGUACUGCUUUUCAGUGUAUUUACAGUAAUGUACUUACAGUAAUGAUAAUCUAAUGAGAAUGUGACCUGGACAUGUUUUUGUGAGAUUCACCCUUAUAGUCUUACUGGCUUUUCAACAUUUUAUUCCACAGUUUCAGUCAUUAACACUAAAAGCUAAAACCAGGUUUUGCUGGCAAACCUCUCUACUGUCAACCGACUCAUUUAUUUUUGUUUUUACUGAAAGAUAUUUGGUGACCGUUCAACUACUGAAUGUAGUCGAGAUGUUUUCUUUUGAGGGUCCAUUAAACGUGAGCAUGUUCAGGGAAAUUUUCAGCAAGUUUUGAAAAGAUACGACAACAAAUGCUCCACGGAAAGACUAUUUUAAAAUAAACUAAAUGAAUUGGGAGGGAAAUUGUUAUAUUUGUUUCUUAGCAUCUUUUGUUAUGUAGGUUUUAUUUAUUUAUGCAUCUGUUCGAGGGUGAUCAGAAGCAUUUCCCAGUAAAAAAAAUAAAUUAAUUAAUUAUAUAAUUAAUUAAAAAAAAAUAAAACGUCCCUAAAAGGCCAAAAAAAAAUUCUUCUUCAGUUUCCCAGUGUUCUUAGUGUUGCUGUGGUACAUCACAAAGUAAACUAUUUAAUAUAUAGUACUAUAUUUAAGUUUGAUACUGCAUUACUAAUGAGUUCACAGUUUGUUUUUGAUUUAUGUAUGUUGGUUUUUUCAUUCUUGUAUUGUUGUUAGGCAUUAGUGAUCAACACUGUAGUCACAUUUGUACAAAUAAGAGAUGUCAGAGUUCAUAUUUUGUGUUCUUAUUUGCUUUUUUGUUUAUUUGCAGAAAAAAUAGCAAGAUGUUUAUAACAUGCAGCAUGUAGAAACAAUGAACUAGUGAGCAAAAGGGAUCAAUCUCAACCCGCAUCUGCUGCAAAUGUCUUCAGUUCUUAAGAUAUGUCAUAGAAAGAGCCUUCUGUUUUUACAGGGAUGAUAAAAUGUGUUAUCACACUACUGAGCCUGAGAAAGCUGUCGUUUCCUUUUGGACUGUAGCGGGGGAUCUGUUUUGUUAAAUUUUGUGUGUUUCCCUGUCUAGAUGCAAUACACGCAUUAAUAUUCCACUGCUGUGCUAGUGAGAUGCCAGAGUGAUCAAGGAAAACAGCUAUUGUGGGGCCAGCAAGUUAUUCCACUUGGUUUUUCUACGUGUGUGUGUGUGGAUGUGUACAUAUGAGAAAGAGUGAUUCUUAGUGCUUCGAAUGCUUUCUGCUGGGUCACUUUCCCCAAACCUCAUCUCGAAGAAAAUUUCAGACAAUGCAAGGGGUCGUGGUCACACAUCUUUUCUUUUUUCCGCUCCUUUUCCCUCCCUCUUCUCUUCAUCUCCUUCCCUCAGCUCUUAUCACGCACACUGUACAUUUCAGACCAGAAGAUUUGCCCUCACCUUCAUUAUUUUUUAAUGAGCAAAGCCCCAUUGAUUGAACAGUAAUAUAUGUGUCUAUGUUUAAAACUUUGAAUGGAGUAUAAUAUAUUACAAAUUGAGAAGUACAUAUGUUGAUGACAGCGUAUUGUUAUCAAUGUAGAAGCAGUGUGUUGUCUUAAUGUUGCAAAUAAAACUCAAUUGGACCAAGA